UAUUUUUCUUUCAAUAAAGCCAGAUAUAAUAUUGAUGUCCAGCCAAGCCUAGGCUAGUGCUGCCAUUGCAGUGCGAAAUGCAAUUGUCUUGGAAGCCAUUUUACCAAAAGUAAUACUGAGGCACUCAAAAUCGAAAUUUCAAGCUCUGGAAACGCUGCAGGAAGUACAAUGAACCCCACUGAGAGCACAGCCAAAAGCACCUCUCCACUCGAGGACACAAAUCAACAACGACUCCCAAUGGGCUCCUGCCCCUUUGCAAUAUCUGAUCCUGUUCAGCAAGCACAAGUCGAAGAGAUCCUGAAGCCGCUGAUACUCACCCAAGAUGUCAUUGAUCGUGUUCGAGACGUCUUUGAAGACGAAAUGAAGCUGGGUCUGGCCAAAAAUCCUCCUAAGCUUUCUUCACUCCAGAUGGAGAACACCUUCCUCCCAGAACUUCCCAAUGGCACUGAAAGUGGAGAAUAUCUUGCCCUGGACCUCGGAGGGACAAACUUCCGUGUCAUUUUAAUGGAACUUAAGGAGGGAACUAUCCAGAGAGAGGAAGUGAAGUACUAUAAAGUGCCGGAGGAGGUGCGGCUGGGACCCGGAGAGCAGCUCUUCGAUUUCCUUGCCGAUUGCAUCAAGGACUUCCUCGAGAAGAAGCAUUACACUGGCGAAAAACUCACCCUAGGGUUUUGCUUCUCGUUCCCAAUGCACCAGAAGGCAUUGAAUGUGGGGAUUUUGGUGCACUGGACCAAGUCGUUCAACUGUCCUGGAGUCGUUGGGAAGGAUGCAGUGAAGAUGCUCAACGAUGCCAUCCACCGAAGAUGCGGACAUGCCAUUGACGUCGUCGCCGUCCUCAAUGACACCACAGGUACAAUUGUGAAGGGUGCAUAUGUGGACCAUGAAACUGCAAUUGGUCUCAUCCUGGGCACUGGUAGCAAUGCCUGCUACCUGGAACGAGUAAGCCGAAUUGAAAAGUGGGAAGGCCAACAUGAUGCAGAAGAGGUGGUGAUUGACAUUGAAUUUGGAGCUUUUGGAGACAACGGUGUGCUGGACUUCAUGAAAACAGACUUUGAUCGAGAAAUUAACAGAAAUUCCCUUCUCGUUGGUUCUUUCACUUACGAGAAGUACUUUGCAGGGAAGUACCUUGGUGAGAUUGCCAGGCUGAUUCUAGUCAAAUUGGUGGAUGAAGAACUUUUAUUCAAAGGGAAAUGCACAGAGAAACUCAGGACAGUGGGCUCGUUCACCAGCCAAUACGUCUCACACAUUGAAAAGGACUCGAUGGAAUUGAGCACCGAGGAGACUGAGAAAAUCCUGGGUGAAUUUGGUCUCAGCUACACACAAGACGACCUCAAGAUAAUCAAAUAUGUCUGUGCAGUCAUCUCAGAACGAGCUGCCAACCUUGUAUCCAUAUGUUUGGCCCAUCUGCUGUGCCGGAUGGACAAGCCCCACUGCACGAUCGCUGUGGAUGGAUCCCUUUUCGAAGAGCAUCCCCGUCUCAGGACCCUCAUGGAAGCGAAGAUCUCUGCAUGGGCUCCCGGCAAACAAUUCAAGUUCCUGAUGGUGGAGGAUGGAAGUGGAAAAGGUGCGGCACUGAUCGCGGCCAUAGCCACCCGCCUGAGAGCCCAUUCCAAGGCAAUAAUCAGUGGUGAAUGCUAAACCAGUUCAAGGGUCAUUCCUAUCAAAAUGUCAUUUGCAUGUUUUACAAAAGCGCACACUAUAUCAGGUAUAUGUGGUUAAUUAUUUUGAAUUUUAAAGUUAUUUAUAGAAUUAUUUUUUGCAGUUAUUUGGUUUGAACUUUUUGAGUAUACCUCUUUCCUCCGUAUUCCAUGGGGACAUGUGUUGGGAAUUCAUUGAUUGCUCAUCGCCGUUAUGCUUCAUUUGAUUCUCAUGAUUGCUAGUAUAUUUGCUUCUGGAAAUCAUUUGUAUGAACUAGCAGGGCGCAUACAACCAAUCGGGCAUCUCUUUCAUGUUAUCCUUUGCUCAGGUGAAGAAUAAAGCCA